AUGUCUAUACUUAAUUUUAAUGUUGGCGUACUUGGACAUGUCGAUUCGGGAAAGACAAGUCUUGCUAAAGCUUUAAGUACUGUUGCUAGUACAAAUGCAUUUGAUAAAAAUCCACAAAGUCAAGAACGUGGAAUAACACUUGAUCUUGGUUUUUCAUCAUUUACAAUGGAUAUACCUGAACAUUUAAUGAAUAGUAAUUAUAAACAAUUACAAAUUACUUUAGUCGAUUGUCCAGGACAUGCAUCUUUAAUACGAACAAUUAUUGGAGGUAAAUUAG